AUGCCGUCGCAAACAAGUCUGAUGAAAAAGGCAUACGAAUAUAGUAAAUUGUGCAGCGCAGAUGUAUUCGUGGGAAUUCGUAUCCGAGAGACGGGCCAGCGGAUACUUCGGGAUUUUGGGCUUUCCUUGGCUCGCAAUUGGCAUGUCUCCAACUAUGGCUCUGAUGAAAAGACGACUGACCUAUCAAGAACUCCUACUAUCCAAUCUCAAUAA